AUGAAUACGUUUUCUUUUCCCAAUGACCAAAAAAUUGGACAGGCUGAUCUAACUGAUUCAUCAACUUCAAAAAACCCCGAGUUUUCUAUACGCAUUGUCAUUUGCGAUUAUUAUCUUACGAAACCUAUACCUGGUGUUGAUGUUAUAUACUCUGAAUUUAGGGGGUCUGACAUUAAACAGGUUCCAGUUCUUAGAGUUUUUGGUCCUACUCCAGAUGGAAGGAAGGCAUGUCUUCACAUUCAUGGUGUUUUUCCUUACUUUUAUAUUCCUUGUCCUGCACCAAACCCUGAACCACAGUUUUUAUAUCAGAUAGCUGCAAGCUUGGACAAGGCUUUAAACAUAGCUUUAAAACAAGCAACAUCAGCAAAUCAACAUGUAUAUAAAAUAUCUUUAGUGAAGGGAUUACCUUUCUAUGGAUUUCACGACAAGGAGCAUUUAUAUUUGAAGACUUUUUUAUAUAAUCCUGGAUUAAUUAAACAAGCAGUAGAAUUAUGUAGUAAUGGAGCUAUUUUGGGACAACAUCUGCAACCUCACGAGUCACAUCUUAACUUUACAUUACAAUUUUUCAUUGAUUUUAACCUUUUCGGAAUGAGUAAUAUGGAUUUGCAAAGAGUUAAGUUUCGUAGAUCAGGAUUCUCACAAGACAGUAUUGAAACAUUAGAAAAUUUAAAUGAAAUAAAUUUAAAACCCGAAAGUGUUUGUUAUUAUGAAGCUGAUUGUGUUGCAUCACAUAUAAUUAAUAGACAAAGAAUAGGAAAGGCAGAUGGCAUUGAAAAUCCAGGUCUUCAGGAAGUAUGGAAUCAAGAAAUGGAAAGACGUAAACAAUUAAAUAUAUCAUUAGCAUCCAAAUCACUCUCUCAAGGCAGAGAUAAAACUGAUGAGACAGAUUCACACUAUAAAUUUCAAAAUAUGUUUUUAGUUAAAAAUUCAAAAAUAAUUGAUAAACCUGUCGAUCCAGAAACUAAAACUGCAAGAAAUAUUUGUGAAAUACAUUAUCCUGCAGAGAUUGUGGAGGGAUCACAACUUUCUAAUGCAUCUGAUGUUAGCACACAUUUACCAGAAGACACAUUAAACCUCAGCCUAAACAAAACAAUUAAAAGAAACUUUAAAGAUACAUUUCUUGAUAACAUUAACAACACAAUAGUGGAUGAGGACAUAGCAUUGAAUAGCAGUUUUUCUUUACAUUACAGUCAAGUAUUGUUGGAUAGUGAAGACUUGGAGUUGGUAGAUAUGCUUCAAGAUAUGGAUGACAAGCCAAUAGAUGAGGAUAGUGUAAUGGGUACUCCAGCUGAUGGUAUACAAAUUCAGUCAGACUCUGAGUUAGAUGAUGAAUAUUCACAAGUAUUUAAUGAUGACACUAUAUUACUGGACCCAGGUGAAUGUAAAGAUGUCUCAAAAGAAUGCAUCUCUUCUUGGAAUGAUUCUUUUUGGGAUGGUGCUAGCAUACCACAAUUAGACGGAACUUGUGAUGAUGACCAUGUAAAGAAAGUCAGGAAAAGAAAAAUGCGAUCAUUAAAACUAGGCCUACCAAAACCGAGAAAAAAAGAUAUACAGAAUAAGCAAAAUGAAAAAUUAACCAUUAAAGAAAUAAACUCUGAAAAAGAAAUAAGUGAAAUAGAAAAUUCAGAUACAAGUAUAGAAUCAAUUAUGAAUAUUUCAAAAGCAAAUCUUAAGACAAACUUUAAUUCUAUAUCAGUUGUGAGGGAAAAGUUACCUUAUAGUAGAGAAAAUUUAAAUGUCAGAGAAGAAAUAUUGACUGAUAAUACAGAAGCAGCAAUUGAAUAUGAUCGAAAGAAUGAAUUUAAGCCUAUUGCAGGACCGUCUAAAUCGAUAAUGGCUGAAGACAUUAAGGUUAAUUUGUCUUUCAUUUCUCCAGAUGAUUAUUGUUAUUCAUCUUCAGAAGAAGUUGACAUUGGUAUUAAAAGCUUUUAUGACACAUCAAAAAUUUUCGAUAUGUCCCUAGAAAAUGAGAAUAAUAUGCAUUUCUCACAGAAAAUAGGGGAAAGUCAUGAUAGUAAUAUAUUUAAUGCUGGUGAUAAUAAACAAGAAACAUUAAGCAACAGAACUGAAAUAAAGCUAGAUCCCGUAGAGGUUGACAAUUUAAGUGAAAGUUUUAAGAGAGUGAUAAUAACACCUAAAAUUAGGCCUCCUACAAAGAAUCAUAUUAUUUCCACACUAGACAAUUACUUUAUUCAUAAAACUCUUAAUCUUCAACCUUUCUAUUCUAACUAUAAAGAUGUUGGAGAUAAAGUAGAAAUUGGUCAAUUGGUUAUAAAAUUACACAGCAAAACAGCUCAGGAUCAGGUUUCCUUUGAAAAAGUAUUAAAUACAACCGGAAUAGAAGAAUGGAGACAGUUAUUAUUUAUACAACAAACAAAUGAAAUGUCAGAUGACACGACUAAGCCAGAAAUUUUAAAAUCUCUGUUGGCUGGUAAUAAACAGUACAUUUUAGAACCAAUUAUAAAGGCCCCUACAUAUCAUAAUGUCACAGAAUGGCUUAAAGAGCAAAUCGAAAUAUCCCCAAACAGAGGCGAAACUAGACUGAAUUGUAGAGAAAUAAGUAAACAUUUAGAUGAACUUGAAUCAUCACAAGUUAUAGGUUUAAUUGAAGAUGAACUUAAUAGUAGUGUUAGCUUAGAAUGUACAGAUAAGGAUAAAACGAAAAUCAACAAUAGCUUUCAAGUAACAAUGCAACCUGAUGGAUCAUUUCUAUGUUUUGGAGGAGCAUUAAGCCAAAAUGAAAGCAUAAUUGACACACCUGUUGCAGAGAUGGAUUUUCUCACUCUUAUGCUUGUGGAAGUACACACUUCAGUUCGUGGAGAUUUGAAUCCUAAUCCUUCAAUAGACCCGAUUGAGGCAAUAUUUAUUACCGUGAAAAACGAUUGCCCAUCUAACCACUUCUUAUUACAAUCAUUAACUGAAAUUCUAGUUGUGGAUUCACUUCCGCCGCCCAAAUAUUUGGACAGAUGCGUUUUCGAUUCAAAUAUUACCUAUCUGGAUACAGAGAGCCAAUUGUUAGAAAAAUUGAUUGAGCUAGUGGAAAAACAUGAUCCAGAUAUUCUGUGUGGAUAUGAAAUAGAAAUGAAUUCUUGGGGCUACAUCAUAGAAAGAGCACAAAACAUAGGCAUAGAAAUUAUAAAGUAUAUUUCAAGAAUAACAGAGAAUAAUCGACAAAAGCGCUACAGAAGUGACGACAAAGAACUUGAAGGAAGAGUGAUAGGAAGAAUCACGUUUAAUGUUUGGCGGUUGUUCCGUCAUGAGUUAGCACUAUCGAGUUAUAGUUUCGAGAAUUGUAUGUAUGUAAUUUUAAACGAAAGAGUACCUUCAUAUAGCUUUACCCAAUUAUCGGAUUGGUGGAAAGAUGAAUCUAGGAUUUUGAGAUGGAUACCUGUUGAAUAUUAUCUAACUAAGCUGUCCGGUACAGUGAGGAUGUUAGAGAAGCUCGACAUGAUAAACCGCACGUCGGAACUGGCGCGGCUGUUUGGGUUACAAUGGUGGGAAGUACUGUCGCGUGGUUCGCAGUUCCGCGUAGAGUCGCUGAUGUUGAGGGCAGCUCGCCCUCUUAACCUCGUGGCUCUGUCGCCGACGGUACGCCAGCGCGCUGCGAUGCGAGCGCCUGAGUGUCUUCCCUUAAUUUUCGAACCCGAAUCACGUUUCUAUUCGGAUCCAGUUAUAGUUUUGGAUUUCCAAAGUCUGUAUCCUUCGAUGAUGAUCGCGUACAACUAUUGCUUCUCUACGUGCAUCGGUCGAGUGCAGAAUAUCAAUGGAGAUACCCCGUAUGAAUUUGGAGCGUGGCGUUUGCGAAUAUCAAAAUCCAAGUUAGACACUUUAGUAUCCAAUGGACUGGUGCAUUGGUCGCCAGUGGGGGUGGGAUUUAUAAAACCAUCCGUACGUCGUGGAGUAUUACCAGCAUUACUUCGAAGGAUACUCGCGGCUAGGCAAGCUGUUAAGAAAAACAUGAAAAUCCAAACUGAUGAAGCUGUAAAAAAGGCUAUGCAUUCAAGGCAGUUAGGUUUAAAACUGAUUGCAAACGUCACAUAUGGCUAUACCGCGGCUAACUUUAGCGGACGCAUGCCUUGCGUUGAAGUUGGCGACAGCGUAGUAGCUAAAGGUCGUGAAACACUCGAGCGGGCGAUCAAACUUGUGGAAAACAACUCGAAGUGGAAUGCUAAAGUGAUAUACGGCGACACUGACUCUAUGUUUGUGUUAGUUCCGGGCGGGAGCCGUGCGCAAGCCUUUGAAAUAGGACAAGAAAUUGCUGAUGCUGUGACUGCAGAUAAUCCUUCCCCAGUGGCCUUAAAACUUGAGAAGGUAUAUCAACCAUGCAUUCUACAAACGAAAAAACGCUAUGUGGGAUAUAUGUAUGAAAGUCCAGAUCAAAAGAAACCCGUCUACGAAGCGAAGGGUAUCGAAACGGUGCGAAGAGAUGGUUGUCCUGCAGGAGUAAAGCUACUCCAGCGUGCGCUUUGCGAGUUAUUCGAUACGGGCGAUAUGUCGCGUGUGAAGCGUAUAGUGUGCACGACUCUGUCCCGACUCGUGGACGGCACGAUGCCGCCCGAAGAACUGUUCUUCACGCGCGAAUACCACGGGCCCGCUGGGUACAGACCUGGGGCAGCCGCGCCGCCUAAUGAAAUUGCUAAGAGGCUAGUGUCGCGGGACGGGCGCGGUGCGCCGCGUGCGGGGUGGCGCGUGGCGUGGCAGGUGUGCGCUGGGCCGCCGGGCGCCGCGCUGGCCCGUCUGGCGCGCUCACCCGCCGAGCUGCUGCGGGAGCCCGCGCAGCCGCACGUGCCGUACUACGCCACGCGCGUGCUGUUGCCGCCGCUGCACCGCUGCCUCUCGCUGCUCGGCGUGCACGUCCUCAACUGGUUAGAUUGUAUACAAAAAGGACACAGUCACAUUAAAGUGGCGGGAGGUGGUGUGCGGUCGGGAGGCGCAGGUGGAGCGGGCGUGUGCGGGGGGCGGGCGGGGCGCGGGCGGCAUAGCGCGCUACAUGCAGCGCGGGCGGUGCGCGGCGUGUGGCGCGCGCGGCUCGCGCUCGCUGUGCGGCAGCUGCGCGGCGCGCCCGCGCUCGCUGCACGCGCUCGCCGCGCGGCACGCACGCGCGCUCACCCACCUGAACCACUGCCACGAGUUAUGCAGAUCGUGCUGCGGCCACUCAAAUUAUUUGCAUUGCGAAAACACCGAAUGCCCUGCGUUAUGGCGCAGAGUGACUGCACAGAAGAAGUUGGAUCAAGUAUGUGA